AUGUUGCUAAAUCGUUGGAAAGAGCCAGUUCAUCUUAAACGCGUGGUUCUUUCGCUAUUAGUAGUGUUAUAUUUUUUAAUAAUAGCAUCUGAUGCUAGGGUUUUAACAAAUUCAUAUAAUGAAAUUGAACCAUUAACUGUAGCUCAAGCUGAUACUUAUCCUGAUGAUACAAUUAUAAUAUUACUUAAAUCUACUGUAUCAGGAUCAUGUGGAGACCCUAUAUUGCAUUUUCGUAUAAUUACUAAAGAUGGAGCUAUAAACAAAUGUGAUUUUAAUCUAAGUAAUAAUAAUAAUAUUAUACCUCUGAAUAAUUUUUGCUUUCAGAAUAAUAUUUUGCAUAAAAGAAAUUAUCAAGAGUAUGGAGAAGACUGUGAUAACGAAAAUGAGCCAAAAAAACAGCCAGAGCAUCCAGAUAAAGGAUCUGAAGUUUGCACAACAACUCAACAUGCUUACGAAAGUAAGCCAACAGAGCAUCCGGAACAUCCAGAUGACAAAUCUGAAGAUUGUACAACAACUUCAGAUUCUUAUGGAAGUAAACCAACGGGACAUCCUUCAGGAAAAAAAGAUUGUGAUGAUGGAUCAGAGAAUUGCGGAAACGAUUGUAAACAAUCUAAAGAGGAUUGCGAAAAAGGUUGUGAUGAAUCUGAUGAAAAUUGCAAAAAAGGUUGUAGCGACAAAUGGGGAAAUUGUGAAGGAACAUCACCAGGUGGUGGACCAGGGCAAACGCCGAAUGGUGGACAAAAUGGGACAACACCAAACGGUGGUCCAGGACAGACACCAAAUGGUGGUCCAGGACAGACGCCAAAUGGUGGUCCAGGACAAACACCAAAUGGCGGUCCAGGACAAACACCAAACGGUGGUCCAGGACAAACACCGAAUGGUGGACAAAAUGGAACAACACCAAACAGUGGUCCAGGACAAACACCUAAUGGACAAAAUGGAACAACGCCAAACAGUGGACAAAAUGGAACAACGCCUAAUAGUGGACAAAAUGGAACAACACCAAAUAGUGGACAAAAUGGAACGAUUCCAAAUAGUGGACAAAAUGGAACGAUACCGAAUGCUAAUGGAACAACAACCGCUAUACCAUUUAAUUCAAAUGGCCCUAUUGCUAUACCAAGAUCAAAAUCUUCAUCAUAUAGUACUAUCAAUAUUUAUGCUCUGACCAGACCAUUUGUCCUUGUAACUUAUUAUUGUAAUUAUCCACAAUCCUAUCAAAUGUGUGGAAUUAUAAUAGAUUGGUCCAGUAAUAAUGUUAAAGGGAAUGUGAUUUAUUUUGGUGAAGGUUGCUCAGCUACAAAAAUAGUUAAAAGUUAUAAAAGUGAUGGAUUUUUGUACACAUGCUACAACUCUACAACUAGCAUUUUAACUUGGACACCAUACACAUUAACAACAGAUGGUACGAUUACAUAUGGCACGACUAGCCAUUCUAGUGAAAUUACUCAUAUUACUGAUAUGACGCAAUUUCCAAAAUAUAUAAACAUUUUUCCUACUGAGAAUGGAGAUUACGGAUUAGUUUACACAAAAUAUGUGUCUCAAUCUGGACAAGGAAUGAUAAGUCCAUGGCAACUUUAUUUAAUUUGGAUUUCCCAUACAGACUCUUCAACUAAAGGAAAUUCUCUCAUAUAUGAAUCGCAACCCAGUACAAAUACUACUGAUUAUUACUUGUAUCAAUGUUCUGUUGCACAGGAAUCAGUUGGAUACAAUUGUUUAAUAUAUACUCAACGAACCGAUAAAACUGUAUACGUUAAUAUUAAUUUUUGGUCUUCUGGUUCUGUCAAUAAAACGACUGAAUUUGGUGUAAAUUUGCCUGCUCCAUAUACUACUGUGAUAGAUGUCGAAACUUUAUCCUAUGGUGGUUAUAUUUUUGUGGCUAAGAACACUACAAAUGCCACGGAUGUUGGUAGUGUUGAAGGAUUUAUAUAUUACAGUAAUGGAACCGGAUAUGGACCUUGGGGUCUUCCUCCCAUUAUAACUACUGUACCGAUCAUUGGUUUGUCUCCAAACAACACUGUGUGGACCAUUAUUCCAAGCGCAAAUAAUACAAAUAAUAGUUCAAGCUGGACUGUUGAGUCGUCUGACACGCUAACAAACUUCCGUCCAGCUGGUAUGCUUGGUUCAGCCUAUGUCUCUCGUGUCACACCAGUAACGAACUCAGUUAUUACGCCACCACUUCAAGAAGUUAUUAUAACUUAUACUAGCCAAGUUAAUAAAUCCACUGGAUUUUUCAGAAUCUGGGAAGUAAACACCACCGGAGGCGAUGAUUCUUUACGUGGCUCAAUUCCGGCUUAUAAUGAUAGAGUUAAAAUUAACAAUGAAAACGUAACCGUAUCAUUAUUAUCAAGCUAUACGAGUAGUAGUCAUAAAGAAUAUUAUAUUACAGUGGAUGAUGAUGCGGUAAAAAACCCACAAGAUCAGAACCUUAUUGGUAUCAAAAAAUUAGUGUGGAAUUUCACUACAUCUGACGUUACUGAUACUACUACUGGUGAUAGAAGCGUUAUCAUUCGUCUAACCCCUGAAGGAACUCAACAUUACGUAAAUUUGUCACCAAACGACAAGUCUAGCUUUUGUGAAAGCAUGCGUAGUGAUAUUGCCACAGUUAUUAAUUGUGAUACCUCGCGUAUUAAAAUACCGACACUUUAUCAAUACAGUAAUUAUAAUAAUACUGGUGCUGCUGAUCAAAUUUUUAUGCGCGUUAAUAUCGCCCAAAAUGCCCCAAGCGGUCAAAGCGCCCAAGGCGUUCAAGGUACUCAAGGGGAUAAUAGAGGUGGACCUAGCCUUGCUAAUGACUUAAAUGAUGUGAUCGUUAACAAGGAUAUUUCAGCAAUUUCCACUGGUACCACCUCUAAAUACAUUGACCAAAAUAAUGGUGCUUGGCUAAUACCUGACUUAUGGAAUAGAUACAAAUAUAUUCUUAUUGGCGUUUUUGUUGGACUUGCACUAUUAUCACUUUUAUGGUGCCUUACGUGUUGUAAGAGCAACAGGGAAGAAGCUAUACAAAAAAGAAGGAAAGCAUCUGCAAUUCUCGGCUUCUUGACCAUCUUUGUAUCCACAUUAAUAGUGGUAGAUCUUGUAUUAGACAUUUUAUUUAUUGUUUUUCAUGGGAAGGACGAAAAAUGGAUUAUGGUUGUCAGCGUUGUUUUCUUAGUGGUACCCGUCGCCUGCAGCACUUUGCUUACAUUCUUAAUUGUUAGUCGUGAACUUAGAGAAAAUGAUCGAUAUAAAAGAUGGUGGAAGGAUCAUAGUUACACUGCGCUAGCUUUAACAAUGUUCUCUGGAAUUGAUAAUGAAGCUUUGAAUGUGGCAUCUUCACACUUUGCUGGUUAUAGAUCAUUAAAUGCUCCCUACACACAAGAAACAGAUCAGCGGAUUAUCAUGUCUAUCGUUUUUAUUAUGUUUAUCGAAGACGUACCUCAAUUCAUAUAUUUGAUUAUUUAUCAGAAAGUUACUAUCAUCCCGGCCAUUGUCCCUAUUCUUGCACUUUCUUCAUGCACGAUCCUCAUAUUUAUUAGAGUAAUAUCGAUAAUAUAUCUUGCAUUCUUUUGUGAACGAAAUCUAUUUCAAGAUUAUGAAGAGGAAGUGGGAGAAAAAGAUAGUAUUGAAAAUGGCGUCGCUCCACCUAAGGAACCUACAAACGGCAAGAGACGAGAAGAACCACCGGCUCUACUUGUUGAUAUUGGAAGUGGUACUACUGAUAAGAACGGAAAGAAUGGAAGAUCUCCAAUAUCACCUGGGGAAACGCGUUUACAUAAUCUUAGUGAUGAUGUUGAUAGACCAAUAGGAAAAUUCACUGGGGAAAGUCAUAAAGCAGCAUUAAUGGCUAUAUCAAAGAACGGAAAGAAUGGUUCAACCCCACGUUCACCUGUUGAAGUGGAAGCGCAUAGAAGUGAUCUUAGUACUGAUAUUGAAAAACCAAUAGGAAAAUAUACUGAAAGUCAAAUUAUAGACUCACCAUCGACUGAAGGACAUUUCGAAACUAGAAUUACACAAUAUACAGAUGAACAUGGCGUUACCCACACAAGAAGAGAACAGAUUUUUAUUCCCGAAGUUGAAACAACUACUACUGUCCAUGAGGAAAAUAUUUAUAUUGAUUCACCUGAUAUACAUCGAUCACAAACUCAAAUGAGCCAAGACGGAUAUUUCGGUAGUCAAGUUACAAGAGAUGAAUCAGUUACUUAUGAGCUACCAGAUAGGACGGGUACACCAACAACUACUUCUUCAACCACUACUGCUCAUGGAUAUAUAGGUGGACAAGAUAUAAGAAGCACUCCGACAACGACUUCAACCUUUACUACUCAUGAAUAUUUUGGUAGUCCAGGUGGAACCCAAGUCAUUCGAACUAUAAGAGAUCCAUCAGGCGAAGUAACUGAACAACACACACAAGAAUUUCAAGGUGAACCUCGAAGUGAUGUCCAUACUCAUACAUCAAGAACGGAAGAGACACACAUAAUACCUGGAGGAACUGAGACAAUCAUAACUACAGAAACCACAGAAACAGAAACAGAGACUGAAUACGAAGAAUCUUCUCAAACACAAACAUUUAGUCAUACCAAAACUAACAAAUAG